AAUCCAAUGGGGGGAGCGGACGGCGUGGGCACCAAGGAGAGCCAGACGCCGACAACUGAGUGAAAAAAAAAAGGGGCAAACCUUCUGGAGCCGCCAUGUACUACUACUACAACUACUACUACUACUACUACUUGUACUACUAGUACUAGUACUGGUGACAGACGGCAGUUGAAGAGCAGAGAGCAAACAGUGACAAACAUGAGCGGUGGAGAAAUCAUCUUCCAAGGCUGGCUGAGAAAGUCCCCACCAGAGAAGAAACUGAGGAGAUAUGCCUGGAAGAAGCGCUGGUUUAUACUUCGCAGCGGCCGCAUGAGUGGUGACCCCGAUGUUCUGGAGUAUUACAAGAACGACCACUCGAAGAAGCCCAUCCGGGUCAUCGACCUGCACUGCUGCGAGCAGGUCGACGCCGGCCUGACCUUUAAGAGGAAGGAGUUCCAGGACAGCUUCGUGUUUGACAUCAAGACCUCGGAUCGCACCUUUUAUCUGGUGGCUGAAACCGAGGAGGAGAUGAACAAGUGGGUCCGCUCCAUCUGUCAGCUCUGUGGGUUCAACCAGUCGGACGACAACCACGGUAUGUUGACCUUUUCCAUCAUGCUUUAUCACUCUGCCUCUGCUUUGUUUUCCUCUGACCUGCAUUGUGUUUGA